AUGAGCUCUGCUGUUGUAGCAGUUGAAAACAAACCACGAGGAAUUUUAACGAUUGCAACUGUCUCGCCAACUGACACAGUAUUAAUGGCAACAAAGAAGAUGGUUGAGUACCGUAUGAGCUCUGCUGUUGUAGCAGUUGAAAACAAACCACGAGGAAUUUUAACAUCAAAGGAUAUCUUGAUGAGGGUAAUAGCACAAAAUCUUCCUCCAGAGUCCACUCCAGUGGAGAAGGUGAUGACCCCAAAUCCCGAAUGUGCAACAGUGGAUACACCCAUUGUUGAUGCUCUGCAUAUCAUGCAUGAUGGAAAAUUUCUACACCUUCCUGUUGUUGAUAAAGAUGGAAUAGCGGUUGCUGUUGUUGAUGUACUUCAUAUCACUCAUGCUGCUAUAGCCACAGUGGGAAGCAAUGCGGGGGUUAGUAAUGAUUCGUCAGCCAAUAUGAUGCAAAAAUUUUGGGAUUCUGCUAUGGCAUUAUCUCCUGAUGAGGAGGAAGAUGCAGAAAGUGAUAGUUCUUUCAAAUUGGCUUCUGAAAGCAUGGAGACAACAAGAUCACUUCCCUACCCUUCGUCAAUCGUGCCGAAUACCUUUGCUUUCAAAAUUCAAGAUAAGAAGGGUCGAAUGCAUAGAUUCAAUUGUGAUACACGGAGUUUGACUGAUCUUGUGACUGCAAUCCUUCAGAGGGUGGGGGAUGAAAUUGACCGCAACAACUUGCCUCAUAUUUUGUAUGAAGAUGAAGAUCAUGACAACGUUGUACUUGCGUCAGAUAGUGAUCUUGUUGCAGCUGUGGACCAUGCAAGGUUAGCCGGUUGGAAGGUAUUAAAGUUGCAUUUAGAUCAUUCAGGAACACAAGGUCAUAGGAGAGGAUCACAAUCUGGAGGUGUAGAGUAUGCUCAAUCGGAUGUGUGGGCUUCAGCAUACAGUGCUGUAGCUGCAGGGGCUGCACUACUUGCCGGGUUAAGCGUAUUAGCAUACUUGAGGAGGAAUGGUAACUGAUAAUUAUUUAUACCCUUCCUUCAGUUUAUGAAAUUGAUUUAUUGGGAGCAACAGUAGAAGAAGAAGAACUGAGUUUCUGUGACUACCAAGGAUAAAGCUAAAAUUGACCAAUGAUGCUGACUGGCAGGUCUCAUGCUCAACAUUUGUUUUUGUAUAUUAAUAUCUCAAUAAUUUUAUCGAGUCAGAACCAACCACAUACAUCAAUUGCAUUUGUAUUUUCUGUGGUUAGUUUUGUAUCCAUUAAAUUAUUGUUUAUAUCUGCAGGGAUUUGUUUAUUUAUUUAUUAUUUUUUGCUGUUGGGUAUUCCCAUAGUUUACAUGAUGGGAUGGGUGAGAAUUGUUUGUGAGGAGGAUUUGUAGCUUCCUGAGCUCUGGAUUUGUGCAUUAUUAAUGAAUAAUGGGCAGCAUCUGAAAUUUUCAAAUGUUGUUUUUCUG